AUGUCAGUUAAAGGCACUCCCAUAGCACACCUGCACCAAGAUCAACAACAACAACAACACGCUGAUCUUUCACUUUGGCGCGAAAGAACAACUUCAAGAUCUACACAAAACCUUAACCAUCAUCGUCAUCAUCAUCAUCACAUAUCAUCACAAUUAGGCUUGGAUCAAGAACCGAAUCAUCAUGUAGCAAACAGCAACAGCCAAAAUAUGUUGCAUGGGCUGACUAAUAGUCACAGUACAACACAACACACUACUGAAAUCAUUGCCAUGUCAAGUCCACGUGGUCGAGAUCAGAGUGAAGAAGCUGAGGAAAGAGGCAGGAGUAGACUGCGUGAGGAUAAAUUGGAUGUAACAGACGAUAGCUUCGAUGAUAUAAGUUUAAUGGGAUUCAAAACUGGAUCGAAACAUAAUAGUCCUGUGAAAAUGAAGAAAGUCAGAUAG